AUGGCUCCAACUGCUUUGACGAUGUCGACGGAGAAUCGCGGAAGCACAUUUCCAAUAAUCAACAGCCUCAAGAAAAGUUCCGCAGCUAUGAAACCCUUGCAAUCACUCGAAAAGUUCCAGGAAGGUAUGAAGACUGCACCUCCCCCGACAGUGAGGACCAGUGCGCCACGAACGACGUUUUCGUUCGAUUCGAUGGAUCUUGCCCUCGAAGCGUUCAAGCAAGGAGAAUUUCUCGUGGUUAUGGACGACGAGAAUAGAGAGAACGAGGGGGAUUUGAUCAUUGCUGGAGCGCAUUGCACGACCGAGAAAAUGGCAUGGAUGAUUAGACAUACGAGUGGCUUCAUUUGCAUAUCGCUUCCCGGUGAAAGGUUACGAGACUUGGAACUACCUCUCAUGGUUGGGGAAGCGAACCAGGACCCACAUCGAACCGCCUACACAAUUUCUACGGACUACAAGCAUGGGACUACUACAGGCAUAUCGGCACAUGACAGGGCACUCACCGCCCUUGCGUUGUCAUGUCCGACUUCAUCACCUGCAGAUUUCACGAGACCCGGUCAUCUCAUGCCCCUUUACGCUCGACCCGGCGGAGUCCUGCAACGCAGAGGACACACGGAAGCGGGGGUGGAUUUAUGCAACCUUGCGGGCUUGCCAGAAGCAGGCGUCCUCUGUGAGCUCGUUAAUGAUCUGGAUGAGGACCCUCAAGGGGGGAUGAUGAGACGCGACCAGUGUAGGGAGUUUGCAGAUAAAUGGGGUUUGAAGAUGAUCAGCAUAGACAUGCUGGUAGAACUGAGGCGCAGGGUGCAGCAGUAA